AUGUUGCAUUCCUCAAGAAUUGUCCUCGUAGCACUCGUGAAGAAACAAGCAACUACACCUACCGUAAAAUCAGAUGGAGCACAUGCACCAAGUACAGAAAGAACAGGUGAGAGAGUAGCGGUUUACACUCCGACCGCUUCUGAGGCCCCAGAAUUACUGCUCCCGUAUGUAGAGCCCAAGCCAUUUGUGAGCACAAAGCGCCUCAAGGCUUUUGUGGCUUCCAUGUUUGUUGGGGCGACGACAAUAGGAACAGCUUAUUACUUGUUAAGUAAGUCUAUUAGCACAAGCUUGGAGGAUGGGAAUAAAAACCUCUAUUUGCAGCGGAUCAUAGAGUCAAAUCGAGUGGCAUUACAACCACGGCCAAAUAUCGUGCCGGAAUUCACAGCCCCUAGUUCGUUUGCAGAGUUACAAAAGAAGAUGCAGCAGCAUGAACUGGAAUUGGACCGCAAGCGAGCGCGGAUUCUUGAUGAAACCGUCAUGCUUCACGCUGAAGCUGGUUUUCGGAUGAAACUGUGGUGGAACACAUGUCUGGCUCAUAUCCAAGAGGCUGGAGAUAAACUGGCUUUUCUCCUACAGGAAAGGAGAGAACGCGCCGCUCUCGCACACAUCAGGGAAAGUCUGGAUGAAAAGGGUUAUGAAUUAGUAAAGUUACGGUGUGGAAAGACCCAUAUCUGGUGA